CCCGUUUCCUUUGCAGAUGGUGCCCAGACGACCCCUGUGUCAUUAAAGCUGCCAAGCAAUGUAGUGGAGGGAUCGGCCCGGGCCUCCUUCUGCGUGCUGAGUGACAUUUUGGGGAAUGCGAUCCAGAAUCUGCACCAGCUUCUCCAGAUGCCCUACGGAUGCGGGGAGCAAAACAUGGCCCUUUUCGCCCCCAACAUCUACAUCCUAGACUACCUGAAUCACACCGGGCAGCUGACGGAAGCUGUGAAAUCCAAGGCCAUCGGCUACCUUGUGGCUGGCUAUCAGAGGCAGCUGAACUACAAGCACUCUGACGGCUCUUACAGCACCUUCGGGGAACAUCACCAAGAGCCCGGAAAUGCCUGGUUAACGGCGUUUGUGAUGAAGUCCUUUGCUCGGGCAAGUCACCAGAUUUAUGUGGAACAACAGCACAUCACAAAUGCUCAGGCCUGGCUGGCCGUUCGGCAGAAGGAGAACGGCUGCUUCCGGACCACGGGAACCCUCCUCAACAAUGCUCUGAAGGGUGGGGUGGAUGAUGAGCUCAGUUUCUCGGCCUACGUCACCAUUGCUUUGCUGGAGUCUUCGCUGCCUGUCACGGUAAGGGCCCGACUUCUCCCUCCCUGUAUCCCAUCCGGAGCCCCCCACCUUGGGAAAGCCAGAGGGGGGCUUCCCAUUUUGGGUUCUGGAAAGCUCUGCCUGCUGCAGCAGGGCUUGUCCGAAGCGGUAGAGGCCUUCCCGAGGGAUGAUGGCUCCAUUCACUGGCAGAGGCCUGGGAAGGAAGACGACCAGCCUGACUUUGCCUUCUAUCGUCCCCGCGCUCCUUCGGCUGAGGUGGAGAUGACCUCCUAUGUGCUUCUCGCGAGGUUGACCAAACAGCCGGCCCCGGCCCAGGAGGAUCUGACGAAAGCCGCCCACACGGUCCAGUGGCUGAGCAAGCAACAGAAUCCCACGGGUGGGUUCUCUUCUACGCAGGAUACAGUGGUUGCCCUCCAGGCCCUCGCCCUGUACGGAGCCUUGACCUUCUCCAAGGAUAGCACCGGCACCGGAGUAGCCCUCGCUUCUGGAGAGAACGUCUUGAAGCAAUUCCAGGUGGACAGCACCAACCGCCUCCUCCUUCAGUGCCAGGCGCUGCCCAAAGUGCCCGGGGACUACGACAUCCAGGUGACCGGGGACGGCUGCGCCUAUUCCCAGGUGAGUUUCCCCAGACUGUCUAGAAGUGGUGGUGGUGGGGAAGCCAGCUCCAGGAUCAAGCCAUGUGACCGACCGAAAAGCACGGGUGGGAAACCUAAGGCCUCUUGCCCAGUGGGGGAGACGGAAACAGGAAGGGGGCCGACGGGUGUCCAACGCCCUCUGAGGUAGCUUGCUGUGUUUCUG